UUUAACAUUCACUUGCUUUGUUCAGUUGGAUUUGAAAAAUUUCUGUUAAUCAAAUUAAACAUAAAUUAAGAAAAUGUGGAACACAACAUUCGAUGAAAAAAAUAAAGUCUGGAAAGGUAAUGACCUACCAUCAUGUGAUCCAAAUUUGUCGAUAGCAAGCGUCAUAUUGAAUUCAUUGAAAUCCGGAGGAUCAGAAAUCGCUCAGAGUACAACUAUUAACUUUCAGAUCAAUGGGACAUCUGGAAUUUCCGUAACAUUUGAUGACAUUCGAAUUCGGACAAUUCGAGCAGCCAAGAAUUUGCAAAAACGAGGGCUUUCCGCCAAGCAAAUAUAUGGAUUCGUUACAAAAAAUCACGAUGAUCUAGCAUCACUUGUUUUUGCCUCUUUUUCGCUUGGCUGUACGAUCUAUCCAAUUCAUCCAGAUUUCACGAAAUAUGAAAUCGUUCAGAAAUACCAAAAGAUCAGACCGAAAGUGAUUUUUUGUGAUAUAGGGGCUUAUGACAUUGUCGUUCAAAGCUUAACAGAAUUGAAGCAUACAGCAACAAUUUUCACAUUUGACGGGGAAAAAGAUGGCUCGGAAAAUGUCGAAAAUUUAUUCGAAGUAGUAGACGAUGAUACGGAUAUAACACCAGUCGCGGUUGAUGGUGUCAACGAACUAGCGGCAAUUUAUUGUUCUUCUGGGACCACCGGGCCCUCAAAAGGUAUUUGCAUGUCCCAUUCUAUGCUCAUCAACACCAUCGCCGCCAGUUAUGAUUGGAAGCUGGGAACAAAACGUGUUAGCUUAAACGUUUAUCCGUUGCAAUGGUUCAGAUCGUUGCAUUUUCUAUUAGCUGGAACUAUUUAUCAUGCAAUCAGAGUGAUUAUAUCAGAGGAAUAUUCUCCGCAACGCACUUUUCACUUAAUUGGAAAAUACAAUGUGUCUCGUUUUAUGUCCUCUCCAAUCAUGUUAAAGACUAUGAUUCAUUCCGAUUCAAUCAAGGCAGCUAACUUCUCAAGUCUCGAAAAUAUAAUUCUUGGCGGAUACAGGCUUCCGUAUGAAAUAGGCAAAAUAAUGGAUGGCUUCUUGCCCAAUGGGACGGUAAACAAUCGAUAUGGGUUGACUGAACUGGGUGGAACAGUUUCGAUUGAAGUUCCCAAGUUCAGUAAAGGCUCGGCAGGUAAACUGAAAAGUGGCAAUGUUGCGAAAAUUGUUGAUGAAAACGGAAAGAGACUAGGGGUUAAUGAGCAAGGUGAAAUAUGCGUAAAAUCGAUGUCAAUGACAUCUGGAUAUUAUCAAGAAGAAUUGUUAACAGCCAAAUCAUUUGACGAAGAAGGAUUCUUUCUUACCGGAGAUAUCGGUUAUUUUGAUGAAGAAGGCGAUUUACUCAUUGUUGAUCGAAAGAAGGACACCUUUAAGUACAAUGGCUAUGUAGUUUCACCAUCAGAGAUUGAGAGUGUUCUGCUUCAGUCGCCACAGAUCUCAAUGGCAUGUGUAUUUAGUACAUUCGAUAUAAAUGGGAAAGAAGUACCAGCAGUUGCAAUAAUUCGAGCCACAAACACAAAUAUCACAGCUGAAGAAAUUAGCCAAUUGCUAAGUGUUCAUUUUUACGAUCGAAACAUAUUAGCCGGUGGCAUUUAUUUUGUCGAUUCAAUUCCAAAGACACCGUCUGGUAAAAAUCUACGGCGUAAGAUGAGAGAAAUAGUUCUUCAACUGAGUACCGAACAAUAGUUUUUGAACAUAUCUUUGUGUAAUGACAAACUGUAAUUUUCGUACAAAUGCUGAGUAAAUAAACCAUUC